AUGUCCAUCUCUGUCGCAGUCGACCGCUCGCACAUAAACCAUGUGUUUGACCAGAAUAUUGUGUUCACCUCGUGUGCGGACAUCCAGCUCCGGUCAGAACUCAAGCAGGCCGCCCUAGAGUAUACCGGGAUUAUCCCGUCUCUACGGUUGUUCCUUGAGAACGUCAAAUACAUUAGACCGCUAGUUUACUCUAUUAAACGACUCCUGCCCCCGAGAUUCAACAGAACAAUUCGUCAGACGAUGCGUCGGUACUAUGUUCGCCCCCAGAACAACCGCUUUCCGGUACAGAUGUCCGACAACCAUGUCGAAGAAAGGCCACAUCCAAACGACGACUAUGGGUUUUGGUCCGCCUAUCGUCAGGUGUUUCUGUUUGCGAUGCGUCACUUCUAUGGUCUUUCAGACGCUCACCCACUUGGUCAUAAUCGUCACUCACGAUCGCGCCAGGUGCCCGAUUCCCGGAGUCUAUGGAUGCAGUUUAGAGAGCUCACUCGUAGGGUCGGGUUCGUCCUGCCUGGCUCUCUCACGCCCACUAGACCUUCUCUGUAUAGCCCAGAGUUUAUGGCCAUCUAUAAUCUAUUGACGCGCCUGCGACCACAAGCGCUCUUUGAGUAUGACCCGUCUAUCCUUACACAAUGCAGCACCCAGGUGGUCAGAGUGCUUCAGAAGAUAAGGCAGCGGCGGGUCCAAAGGAAGUCCCCUGCUCUCACUAUAAAUAUCCAGGAACGCUGGUCACUGGACAGACGAUGUGGCAUGACUGAUAUUCGAGGUUUCUUCUUGGAUCAGGAAUAUCCAUUCCUUCAGCAUAUCUACUACCCUCAAAGCACCGUUCAAGGUCACGAUUUGUCAACAUUCGCUGUGAAGAGAGACAUGUUUCUGUCCGUUUUUCCGGAAUUUCCAGACGAUCUUGACAUGGCAGAACCCAUACCUGAUCGCUUGGUCAACCCAGGGACGGGAACUGAAGCGCCUCUACCAAACGAGACGGUUGGAAAUGGGACAAUGACGAUUGCGGUCCAGGAUGAUACAGCCAUGAGUGACGAACCUCUGAUGCCAACUGAAAGUCAGUCAGCAACAGAGCAACGUCAGAAUGUGUCGCCUCUUCCGGUACACGUCCUGCCGUCGUUGACCAAUGAGGUUGGAAACACGGACGCACUCGUGCCUUCUAAUCAGGUGCCUGAUCUAUCCCAGAACCUGGUGCUGUUCGACAAUACACCUGGGACUAUUGGAGCCAAAAUUCAUGACAGCCCUGCUUCAAGUAGUUAUGCCCUUGACUCUAUCAAAUGGCAGACCCUGGAUGCAUAUACUUUUUCCACCACGCUAUCUCCAGGAAGGUUGUAUACACUCUUCCGCGGAUGA